AUGUCAGCAUAAAAAUUAAUUGACUCUACUUGGGCUGAGAAGUACUUAUAUGCUUUUUAUUUUUGCACAGUCACAAUGUCAACUGUUGGCUAUGGAGAUAUAGUCCCAAGAUCACCAUUAGAAAGAAUAGUUUGCUCAUUAAUGAUUGUAACUUCAGCAGGUAUUUUCGGAUUUUCUGUAAACACUAUCUCUGGAAUUUUGUAAGAUUUAACAAAAAAUGAAAGAAACAUUAUGGAAAAAAUAUAUUACUGGAGAUAGAAUGAAGAAUACAAUUAAGAAGAAGAAGAGAGAAUGGUUAAAUAGCUCUCAGAUCAGCUGCGAAACGAUUUAUUAAUUGAAUCUAAUAAAAUAAUUUUAAAAGAGUGCCAAUUUUUUUAAAAUAACUUUAGUGAAGAGCUGAUAAAAUCAAUGGUUAAUAUUAUAUAAGAAAAGAAUUAUACUCCUGAAGAAAUAAUUUAUUUAAAAGAAGAUUAAAAUUAGAGUCGAGCUAUAUACUUCGUUCAAGAAGGGAUAGUGGAAAUAUUUAUGGAAACUCAAAAUAACUAAUAAAAAUAAAACAAUUAAUUCAAAUCUCUAAAAAAGCUUAAGAAAGGUGAUUUCUUUGGAGAAAUAGAGUUUUUUACAGAUAUAGAUAAAUAACAAGAUUUUAUGCAAAUCAUUAAGGAUUAUCCUUAGGAUUAUGAAUAAUUCUGUUACAUCAAAGAUAAAAUGAUAAAUUAGUAAGACUUUCAAAAGAUUCAUUUGUAGUGCCAUAGCUGUGCUAGCUAAAGCCACGUAUUAGAGAGAUGUCCUUUUGUAAAUUUUAUACCUAAUAAACCCAAAGUAAUUCUUAGCUAUAAUAGAUCUGAACCUUAAUUUGAAAGAAAUUAAUCAAUUAGACGACAAAGAAAAUUUUACUACAAUUAAGAUGAUUUGCUUUAAAUGUUAGAAUCGUUUUAAGAAGUGAAUGAAGAAUUUUUGGAAGAGUAUGAAAAUAAUUUCCUCGAUUUUUAAAUUAGCAAAUGCGAUAUUUGCCAAAGUUAGUAAUAGACAUAGAGCCAAGGAUAAACUUCAACAAUAGAUUUAUUUAAUUAAGUGCAGCACAAUAGUAAUAAUAAUAAUAAUACUAUUAAAAACAACUCUAACUUUUCUAAAUAGUCAAAUAUACAUAUUUUGAAUCCUACUACAGCUGCUUUUGGCUAUAAUACGCCUAAGAAGAGAUCAAAUUCAAAUUUAACAAAUGAAGAUUAGAUAUCAUAAAAGAUUAAUCAGCAUAAAAAAGCUUACCUGCAAAAUAAUUGUAUGAUCAUGAGUCAAUUUGGAACUGAAGAUUAAGAAGUAUUUGAUUCAGCAUCAUCUCCAAUUAAAAUUGUUAAAAACUUUAAGUCAAAUAUAAAAAUGAGCAGGAUAAAAACUAUUGAUUCUAAACAUAGUAAGUCUUAAAGCCCGUUUAAUAGAAGUACUACUUAGGAAGAUAAUUUUAUGAUUUAAUCAUAAAAUGUAGAUAUUUUUGAUAGGUUUGAUAACUCUCCUAAUAAUUUCCAUAAUGAAAAGUCAAGCUUUUCAAACAGCCAGUAAAGUAUAAACCCUUAAUUUAGCAAUAAUAAUUUAAUUAGAUAGAGUACUUUAGAUAACAAACCUUCAAAACAUAAUAAUGUGACGUCAAUAUUAGAAUGCAUUUAAGAAUAAACAAAUAACAACAGUUCUGUUAUCCCGAUAAAAAAUAUAAAGCUUAACUGUCAAAUAAGCCAUAAGCAGAUAUUAUUUUUUGAUCCAUUUUAAGGUUUAUUUGAAAAAAUGCAUAACUUUUUGUUUUAUUAUCCUUUAAAUAAUUACACAUUCGUAUUAUAGCAAACUCAGAUGGAUUAAAUUUAAAAGAAAAAAAUGAAAAAUAAAUUACUAUAAUAACAAAAAGCUGCUCUUUCCAAACUUGUACUGAAAAAGCAGUUAAGAAAAACAAGCCAAGCAACUAAAAAGUCUCCUCUUUUAAGAAAAUAAACCAAAAAAAAAGAAGAAAAGAUUAAUGAUAGCAAAGAUCUUAAAUCUAAAUUUAGUUAAAAUUACGCUAACACAUUUACAUUAUAAAACUCACCAUUUUCGGAAAUCAAAAAGCAAUUUUAAUUAAAUUCAAUUUUAAAUACAGAAGAAAAACAGAGCUAAUUUAACUAAAAAAUUGAUGAGAAAAAUGUAAAUGAUCUUAUCUUAUUAUCUACUUAAAGACCAAAUAUUAUUCAUUAAGGAUCAACAAUUUCAAAGAACUUAAAUUUAUCAAAUUUUCACAUUGGAGAAAUUAAACCUGAUGUUUGGUCUUUUUAAAACCUAAGCUUAACCUAAAGUAGAAAUCUUAAACCAUCAAAUUUUAAAGAUGAUUGUUUUGAGUAAAAAACACGUGAAAAAGCCUAAAGCUUUUAAAGAUGUAAAACUGAUCAUUAAGUUUAUAAUUCAAUUUCGAAUGAUAUUAGCUUUUAAAAUUAAAAUAUUGAAGAGUAAAAAAGAGUUGAAUUUAGUCCUCCUCAGAGGGAAAACAAAGUUAAACUUCAUAAUUUUUUGGACUUGACAAAUAAUACAAAUGGAUACUUUGAAGACUAUACACUUGAUAAUUAAUUUAAGCAAAAUCAAGAUUGA